UGCUUCGAUCCGACCUGACCGCGCAAAAUCUCGCACACGCACCACCCUUCCCCCGCCGCCGCCACGAACGACAUGGCCGCAGCGCUUCUGCUCCGCGGCCUCCGCUCGUCGGCGCGCCGGGCGCGCCCCGCCUUCCCCUCGCCGGCCUCGGCCCCGCCGCCCUUCGCCUCCUCGCUCCUCCACCGCCUCUACUCCUCCGCGGCCGCGUCCGCGGCCAGCCCGCCUUCCUCCGCUCUGGGAGGCGUUACGGACCCGGCUCGCAUCCGCAACGUGGCGGUGAUUGCCCACGUUGACCACGGGAAGACGACGCUGAUGGACCGGCUCCUGCGGCAGUGCGGCGCCGACAUCCCCCACGAGCGCGCCAUGGACAACAUCAGCCUCGAGCGUGAGCGCGGCAUCACCAUAUCCUCCAAGGUCACUUCUGUCUCUUGGAAGGAGAAUGAGCUCAACAUGGUCGAUACCCCUGGCCACGCUGAUUUUGGUGGCGAAGUUGAGCGAGUUGUUGGAAUGGUGGAAGGGGCGGUCUUGGUUGUUGAUGCUGGGGAGGGACCUUUAGCACAAACCAAAUUUGUGCUUUCAAAGGCUUUGAAGUAUGGUUUACGCCCAAUCCUCCUCCUCAACAAGGUUGAUAGGCCUUCAGUUUCUGAAGAAACCUGCAACGAAGUUGAGAGCUUGGUCUUCGAUCUUUUUGCAAAUCUGGGUGCCACAGAAGAACAGCUAGAUUUCCCAGUUCUUUAUGCAUCAGCUAAAGAAGGGUGGGCUUCCUUGAAAUUCACUAAGUGUCCGCCUGAUAGUGAAAAAAACAUGUCUCCUUUGCUUGAUUCAAUUGUACAACAUGUUCGUUCCCCAAAAGCUGACCUUGAGGCUCCGUUCCAAAUGUUGGUUUCCAUGAUGGAGCGUGAUUUUUACCUAGGAAGAAUACUCACUGGGCGUGUAACCUCUGGAGUUAUCCGUGUUGGCGACAAAGUUCAUGGUCUGCGCAUCACGGAUGAAGGGGUUCACAAGAUUGAGGAUGGAAAGGUUGUCAAGCUUAUGAAAAAGAAAGGCACAAGCAUGGCAGUAAUAGAGGCUGCAGGCGCUGGUGAUAUAAUCUCAAUGGCUGGAUUGUCUGGUCCAGCAAUUGGACACACCGUGGCAAAUCCGGAGGUUUUGACUGCUCUGCCUGCAGUUGAGUUGGACCCUCCCACAAUUUCUAUGACUUUCGGUGUGAAUGAUUCACCACUGGCUGGCCGUGAUGGCACUCAUGUAACUGGAGCGAAAAUUGGGAACCGUUUGAUGGCAGAGGCUGAAACAAACUUGGCAAUUAAUGUUCUUCCUGGACCAUUGUCAGAAUCUUAUGAAGUUCAAGGAAGGGGAGAGCUUCAGUUAGGAAUCUUAAUUGAGAACAUGCGGCGUGAAGGAUUUGAGCUUUCAGUUUCACCCCCAAGAGUGAUGUAUAAAACAGAGCGUGGGGAAAGGCUAGAGCCUAUUGAAGAAGUUACUGUCGAGGUGGACGAGGAGCAUAUCGGAUUUGUGUUGGAAACCCUUAACAACAGGAAGGGGGAAUUGUUGGACAUGGGCCCUGUUCCUGGGACAACUGGAAGAACUCGGGUCUUCAUGACCUGUCCAUCUAGGGGUUUGGUGGGUGUUAAAGGAGUUUUCAACAGCUUUACACGUGGAACUGGAUUUAUGCAUCGUGCUUUCCAGGCAUAUGCUAAAUACAGAGGUCCACUAGGCACUGUUAGAAAAGGAGUUCUGGUAUCUGUUGGCAGAGGAUUUAUCACUUCACAUGCACUCAUGAGUUUAGAAGCUCGUGGUACUCUUUUUGUCUCUCCUGGGAUGGAGACAUAUGAAGGCAUGAUAGUUGGCGAGCAUUCACGUGAUAGUGAUCUUGAGAUCAAUCCUGUGAGAACUAAAGAACUUACAAACAUCCGAGCUCCUGGAAAGGAUGAAAAUAUCCGCCUGUCUCCACCUCGCUUGAUGACUUUGGAAGAGGCAAUUGGAUAUGUUGCUGUAGAUGAGCUUAUUGAGGUUACUCCCAAGGUCAUACGGCUUCGGAAGAAAUACCUGGACGCCAACAAACGCAAGAUGAUGAAAAACAAAAUCAUGCAGUGAAGUUCGAAACUUCCAGUCACAUCUAUCUAGUACUGCUAAAGCCACUACUAGUAUUGCGCUAUCCUCCAAAAGGCAUGUCCGUUUUUUGCAUACAAGGCCCAUCCAGUUUCUACACACAGCAGUGGGAGGAUUGUUUCGUAGGACACUAGCGAUGAAUAAGCCCAAGGUUGAGCUGCUGUUGUAACAAAACAGAGUGGGUUUAAGUUAGAAUUACCUCGUGAAGGUAUAGCAUUAUAGCUUUUCUUUAAUAGUGAAUUUUGGGAACACAGAAAUAUUACCCUCGAAGGGUAUGGUACUCUUUCGGCAGUUCGAGAAAAACAAACUGAGGUACUCUGGUUGAAUUGGCUGCUUUUGUUGACACAUUUGGAAACGUCUUGUGAGAAAUUAAAGCAAAUAAAGUCUCACGCUAACUAUAGCAUUCAA